UUUUUUUUUUUUUAAUCGCCAAAGAAAACAGCCUGGGAGUCACUGGUUUGCCAGUUUGGAAAAGUUAAGGUGACUGUUGGAUGUAAACACCUGAGUAGACCUGCGGGACAUGACAGAGUGUGUGUCAACAUCCUCUGAGGUAAAAUGGCGCUGUCACUGUCAGCUGUCAGCCUGGCCCUCUUCAUCCUGACUGCACCAGUCAGCCUCUCCACAGGAAGUAAUAAAUGUGUAGCAAGAAACUUUGGCCAUGGCUCUGUGGUGUGUGAGUGCAACUCAACCUACUGUGAUAGUAUUGGGAAGGAAGCUCUGCCUCCACUGGGCCAGUACUCCUCCUACCUGAGCAGCAUGGCCGGCAGCAGACUGGAACCAGGACAGGGUCCAGUCCAGGUGAACAGUAGCGGGGCAGGCCUCAGGUUAACCAUCGUACCUUACCAGAAGUAUCAGAAGAUCAGGGGCUUUGGUGGAGCUAUGACAGACGCAGCAGCUAUGAACAUCCUCUCCCUCUCUCCGGGCACCCAGGAUCAGCUGCUACGGCAGUACUUCUCCUCUGAAGGUAUCGGCUACAGUGUGGUGCGUGUGCCCAUGGCCAGCUGCGACUUCUCCACCCGUCUGUACACCUACGACGACACGGCCGCAGACUACGCCCUGGACAACUUCACGCUGGCCCCCGAGGACAUCAACAUGAAGAUCCCUCUCCUGCAGCGUGCCCAGGCCAUGUCUCCUCAGCCACUGUCUCUGCUGGCCAGCGCCUGGAGUGCCCCCGCCUGGAUGAAAACUAAUGGUGCACUCAUUGGAAAGGGCUCCUUGAAGGGCCAGCCUGGGGGAAAGGAGCAUAAAACCUGGGCUCAGUACUAUAUCAGGUUCCUUGAGGAAUACGCUAAAUAUAACUUGACCUUCUGGGCAGUGACCACAGGAAAUGAGCCCUCUGCAGGACAUAUAACAAAUUACAGUUUCCAGGCUCUGGGUUUCACUCCUGAGGAGCAGAGGGACUGGGUAGCCCUGGACCUGGGCCCGGCCUUGCAGGCUUCAUCAUUCCCUCACACACACAUCCUCUUACUGGAUGACAACCGCCUGCUGCUGCCUCACUGGGCUAAAGUGGUUCUGAGCGACGUGCAUGCAGGGAGGUACAUUCACGGCGUUGCAGUUCACUGGUACAUGGACAGUUUUGUCCCGGCUGAGAUAAGUCUGGGAACCACCCAUCACAUCUACCCAGAGUAUUACCUGUUUGGCGCAGAGGCCUGCGCCGGCUGGAGCCCAAUAGACAGAGGAGUGAAACUGGGCAGCUGGGACCGAGCCGAACAGUACGCACAUGACAUUAUAGAGGACUUGAACCAUUACGUGGUGGGCUGGACUGACUGGAACCUGGCACUGGACCAGACUGGUGGACCAAACUGGGUUAAGAACUUUGUUGACAGUCCAGUUAUCGUGGACACAAAACAUGAUAUCUUCUACAAGCAGCCCACCUUCUACAGCAUGGCCCACUUCAGUAAGUUCCUGUGGGAGGGGUCUCAGAGAGUGGGUGUGUCUGCAAGUCAGAAAACAGACCUGGAGUUCUCAGCCUUUGUCCGACCCGAUGGCUCUGUAGUGCUCAUCAUACUCAACCGGUCGUCAUCAGUGAUCCAGUUUGACGUCUGGGAUCCCAUGGUGGGCUACAUCCCCUCCACUGCUCCCCCUCACUCCCUGCUUACACUUGCUUGGAACACACACUAAUCAGGAAUGGAGACCGACAAGUAUUUGAUGCACUCAGACCAAAAAUAAUUUUUUAAAGAUACAUUUCAAGAUGUCACAGAAAAUUUCACUAUCAUUCUGACAGCUGGGUCAAAAUGCUAUUCAGUGUUCACUUAAAUGUAUACUAAACUCCAUUGAUUUUUCAGUAUAGUCCACAAAAUUAUUUUUUUGCACUGAUUUUUGUACCAGAAUGGAAUGUUAAAGGAAUGUCAUCUCACUAAAAUGACUUGUGCUGCAAUGUUCCUACUGCCUUAAUUUAGACCUGAUGAGAUGCUUGAAUUGUACAGACUUUAAAAUGCCUUAUAUUAAUGCUAUUUAAUUUUUUAAAAUAUCUAAUAAAUGCAUCAUGUCAUGUCUGAAAAUGUUCAAGUACCUUUGGGGGUAGAGCCUAAAUAAAAUAACACUAGUAUUAGGACAAUGAGCGAUGAAAGUUGAACAUAUCAGUUUUUUUGGCAAUUUAUUAAUACAUCAUAGACAUUUUUUUCAUAUAUAUAAUAUACAGUUUAAUAACCAGGUAAUUCACAUUUGUGUCUCCAUUCUCAAUGUUUUUUUUCCUUUGCAAAUCAUAAGUUGUUGGACUAAAAGUAUUUACAUUUUAAAAAAAAGGUGAUACAAAUGUAAAACAAAAGACAGUGAUAAACAGAGGAAUAGAACUGACAGCGGGAUUCCAUCUGUUGAUAAUAUAUACACCAAGAGGAAUAUGAUCAGAUCUAAAGUACUGGAUAAAGGGCUGAGCUCCAUGGAUUUUAAGUGCAUUCCCUUAAUCCUGCCACAUAAUAUCUUAUGUGAAAGGUCUUGAAAGGAGUCCCUUGCGUUUACUAGAUGUCAAAGCUUUCAUUUCAGGAAAUUAAACAGCAGCUACGUGACAAUUCCUGUUAAAGACCUGCCUGUUAUUUUGGUGAAGUACAUUACAGAGGGUGGACACAAUAACAUAAACACCCCAUCCAGUAAAACUCCACCAUAAGUAACAACAGACUUAAAUCAAAUCUCUGACAUGGUCUCAACCAAUAUUUUACAACAUUUGUAAACAUAGAAUUUAUUGCAGGGUUAUCAUCAGUUGGGUGUUAAUGUUGUUAAAUACAGCCUCUGUAAAUGCCAAGAGUGGAAGUCACCCAUACAGUAUUCCCAUAUGCCUUACAGGGCUCAGUUGCAGGUUUCAGCGAAUCUUCAGGUAAAGACGGCACUGUAUACGAUAUAAAGUCUGGCAUUUCCCCAUUAAAGUGUAUUGUAGCAGUGCAUUUUUCAGAACAGAUGGAGAGGGAGGUUAUUUGAGAGGUGACGUGGAGAAGACACGGGCUUGAUCAUCAAUCUAGGCUGGUUUGUUAUUAGGCAAACAAAGAGAUCGGCAGACCUCCACAGACUGGGUGGGUAUCUGUUUACAACGUUCAGGAGGAAGGCAUUAAAACAGAAAAGUAAAAAUACCAAAAAAAAAAAAC